AUGGCCCAGUCAUCUCGUGUAAUACUUAGGAUGAGCUUUGAGGAAGAGGAUUAUCCUUCAAACCUCAAAGCCGUUCAAGAGUCUCGGGGUGAUAUUACGAAGGCGUCUGUAGAGAGUAUUGUUGAAACCGAAUCGACUGCCGAUAGCUGCGAGGUCUAUCGCGGGUCGGAUGACGGGUUCCAAUGCGAGUCUUGCUAUCAUAGACCUAGCCACUGGACCUACGAAGUGGAACCGAUUGUUAUGAUGCACAAGAAACAUGAUCUUAUUGGUCGGCCUGAAGGCCUCAGUUUUGCCCCUUGCAAGUGUUCUAAUAAACCUCGGGUAGGAAACUACGGGGACGAGGACAAAAGCCUGGAGGGAAAUCGUCCUGGAGUGUCUGUGCCACUUGAGACCUGGCUACAAGAAAAAGAACAUGUAGGGCCAAACGUAAUAUUUAAAGGUUUAGAAACAGUCUCCGGUGGAGCCGAAUUAGGUCUCGAUUCUUUGAGCCUAUCCUCAAACGAACCCGAGGCCGUAGUCGACGCUGAUGAGGCCUUACUCGACGGAAAUACCGUCUCAACCGGAACCCUGGGCAUCAAAAACAAACUAAGAAUUCAAUCUCAUUUACCAAACGAAAAUGAGGAGAUACCGAUAGAUCUAGAGGAAGAAUUUUGCGGGACAACAGCGAACUUCAUUUUCUUGGCAAAUCUAUCAGCGCGAUUUGCAUGCCCAUUCGCGAAGCUGGACCUAGCAGCUUAUCGGACCUGUAUGAUUGUUAAUCGCGGAGAUGUUUCGGGGAUCAGAGACCAUCUUGAAAAGAGGCACGGUCUCCAAAACCUUCCAAGGUUUGACUAUAAAGUCGAUCCAUCAACUUACUGGGAAGGACUUUUUACGUCCGUUCUAUCACACGACCAGGAACAAUAUAUUGAGCCUCAACACCACUCACCUUAUUUCGAUUUCAGUACACUUCUCCAGGAUGCUAGCGACCUCCGCAGAACGAAACGAAACGGUGUGACAAUAGACAAGAGGGACUGUGCGCCCUUGCCGUCAGAAGAUAAGAACGGCUUGCUUUGGAUCUCCGCCGACCAAAAGCUUGAUCUACAUAGCAGAUACUCCGCAAACAAUUCAGAUGAUUUGUCGGCUUUGGUGGUUUUAGAUUAUUUGAGUGCUGUCUUAAUCUCUGAUGAAGCGGCAAAGCGUUGGCUUGCAACUGAAAGCCAACAUCUUGCCUCGUAUACCCAAUACGGUAUCAAUACUGGUACCCGCUCCGGAGCUAAAGAACAGCAUAAUAAAGGCCCACCGGCUUCCAAUUCGUGUUCUUCUGGAGCCGCGGUGUCUUCGAAAAAGUCGAGGCAAAAACGGAGCGAAAAAAAGAAACAAUAUAGGCUGCUACGAUAUGUUGGGGACAGAGGGUCUGGAGAUGAAGAUGAUGAAAAGGCACCGGAAAAGCGGAAACCCCAGAGUGGAACCUCCCGGUAUUUGAAAAAGUUAUGGCGCUGUCCAUACUCCAUCAUCCGAUGUGAGAACCAUAAAAAAUGUUGGCUUGAUCGUCGUGGAGAGAUCAUGAGACAGGAUGUGGCUGGAAUCAGAGAGCAUUUGACAAGGGCCCAUUUUCAAAAUAACUUGCCAAAGGACUUGACUGCCGACUUUGCGCCAACUUGGAAAGAUCUUUUUGAGGGUUGUCUAAAAGAAUCUUGCCAUGAAAACUGGUCAAGUCUGGGUUUCCAUGCUACCUGGUAUCGAUAUAUUGAUGAAUGUACUGUUCCCUCUAACAAGGCAAAACGUAAUAUUUCCUCCGACCAGGCGAAAUGUUACACCCCACAGCAAGCUUCCGCUCUCAUAGCUGCUGGUCUUGCACACAUCGAUGAUCCUGAAAUAUUUAAGUGUCCGGGUGCAGGUGGUUUGGAGAACGCGACUUAUUUAAAAGACGAUAACUUUGAACCAGAAGCCUUGUUUGUAGGUAAUUUUGACGAAGAAGUCGGGGCCCGAAACAAUUUUUCACAAGUUGAAGAAUCGGUUUCCUUUGGGGAGUUAGAGCCAGUUCUGAAUACCCAUACGCUUGCAGAUUCACAGGAUAGUGUUCCUAGAUACGAUAUCGGGCAACAACCAGGGUAUAGCCUAUUGGAAGAAAACUGGUCUAUCCCUCAAAAAAUAGGUCCCCAAGAGCAUUCAAUGAUUCCAACCCAAGCUGCAGACGCCGUGAAAACUGAAGCUGAUACUAUAAACCCCCAGCCAGUGGGAAUCUCCGCUAUUCUCGAAGGGGCUGUUGAACAAAGUCGAGUUACACAAUCUCAAAAUUCGACAGUGUUGUCACCACCUAGGCUUGGGAAGCGCCCCGCGAAUACCCCCCAUAAGGCAAACUCAAACGAUGACAACCUACGAAAUGAAAUUCUAGCACCACAAACCGGUGAUUUAGAAAUGGUUAUCAAGGUCCGGCAUCGGCCAGCCGUUGAUACGGAAGGAGCCCUAGCAGUGAGAACCAUGAAGUUUCGGAGCUUGGAAGAAUUACGAUCGGGAUUUGUUGGUCGUAUGCGGAAGCAAUUUCAUGGAUCGAGCUUUGACUGGGCUCAUCCUCGGUGGCAGCUCCAGGGCCUUAAAACGGGAGCUCGGGUCAGUUGUAUUCAAGACCUCGAGGAAGAGCUAACCCGGGGCAAUAAUAUGUAUUAUCUGGUGGACUAUGAUCAAGCAAACGCUAAAGAAACGAGGACUUCGGGAAGCUCGCGAGAGGCGCCCAUUGCAACGAGCACAUCCAUGGUUAGAGUUUGCAGAACUUCUCGUCAAAGUCCGCGCCACGGAGUUGAUGUUGGGAUUCCUGAAUCUUGA